GGUUGUGGGAAGGUGGUGGUCCUGGGCGAAAAACACCGUCCAGAAAAGCAACCAACGGGGCAACUUUGCAUGUUUUUGUAGUCCCUUCAUCUCCAAAACAAACCAUUAAACUUCGGAAUUGAUACAAACUGUCGCUAACAAAUGAAGUGACGGAUUUGACUUUGGUUGUCCUCGGGAAUAAAGUUGGGAAACUACGAGGUGAAAAUGGAGAGCCCAGCUGAGUGAGAGUGGGGUGAGGAGGCUGGAUUUGGCAAAGUUGGGAGUCCUGCCCUGCUGCUAGCAGGCUAGUUAGCAUGCUUAAACACUUCUUCAACACGCUAUUUCGGAUAAGUAAUGAGACCUUCCCUCUGCUGUUCUUCAGCCUGUGAUUCUCCAGGGGAGCUGCUUUAUCUGUGGCAAGACCCACUGCUGACAUUGCAGCCUUCCCCAAUGGAUCGGAGCGUAGUCGAUGAUCUUAUUUUCUGUGGAAGUUCUGCCUGAAUCUUUCUGCAGUUCUCCUAAAGGCAGCUGCACUCAACCCUGUUUUAUACAACCUCUCUCCCUCCGCCGCCCGGAUCAAUCAUUUUUGUCCCGUGAGCAUCCAUACUAGCUCAUGCGGUUUUCUCUCAAACAUUCGACAUAUUACGCCAUCUGAGAUGGGGCCCUGGUAGGUUCUGCAAGGGGCUUGAGGUACCCCCUGCCUGCUGACUGUGCAGCCUGUCUGUGUGUGCGACACCCACUGGCACAGACCUAUCAAAAGAAUACUGUAACAAAAAGACAACCAGUAAUACAGUACUUGCUGAUGGAGCCUAGACACACAACUUGCUUGCCCAGAAUAUGUUAACAAACUCUUGGACUUUUUAAAAUUGGACUUAAGUGGAUGUAUCGGGUGUAUUCAUGAACUGUGACUGCUGAUGCCAGCUCAUUGGGACUCGAGUGGGUGUAAUCAGCUUUAUUCAUGAACCCUGUCUCUGAGUGUGGCUACAGCCUGGAUGUUGGAUGCCCUGAGUGUGUUGAGUCAGCUGUUGCGGUGAUGAGGCAGGGCUCCUGGUGGCCUGUGUGGCUCGCUGGGCAGUGGCCCAAGGUGAUGUGAUGGGGUGCAGGAACAGUAAGGUCCUCCCUGAGCCUCCAGGGGAUGUUCAGUUGGACCUGGUCAAAAAGGUUGAUCCUCCCCAACCUCCUCAUACAGAUAUCUAUAAGCACUUCAUACGAGGCAAUGGCACUCGGAGCAAGACGGAUGGGGCCGUUGGAGGGGGAGGUGACAAGGCUGACUCCACCUCCCCGUGUCAGGCCCAGGCCCAGGCGGCCACUCCCACCGCCUCAGCCCAGCCCUCUAAGGACCCGUCUGAUCUGUCGGACCCUCAGCGGAAAAAGGUGGCGAAAUACCGAGCCAAGUUUGACCCCCGGGUCACGGCCAAGUACGACAUCAAAGCUCUGAUAGGCCGUGGGAGUUUUAGCCGGGUCGUUCGCGUGGAGCACAAGAGCACCCGGCAGCCGUACGCCAUCAAGAUGAUCGAGACACGUUACCGGGAGGGCCGAGAGGUGUGCGAGUCCGAGCUGUGCGUCCUGCGACGUGUCCGUCAUACCAACAUAAUCCAGCUGAUGGAGGUCUUCGAGACGGCAGAGCGCGUCUACAUGGUGAUGGAGCUGGCCACCGGAGGGGAGCUCUUUGACCGGAUCAUUGCUCGCGGCUCCUUCACGGAGCGCGACGCCACGCGGGUGCUGCAGAUGGUGCUGGACGGCGUCAAGUACCUCCACACUUUGGGGAUCACCCACCGAGACCUGAAGCCGGAGAACCUGCUCUACUACCACCCCGGCGCCGAUUCCAAGAUCAUCAUCACCGACUUUGGUUUGGCCAGCAGCCGGAAGAAAGGGGACGAAUGUCUGAUGAAGACCACCUGCGGCACGCCAGAGUACAUCGCCCCGGAGAUCCUGGUCAGGAAGCCCUACACAAACGCUGUAGACAUGUGGGCACUGGGGGUGAUAUCGUACAUCCUGCUGAGUGGAACCAUGCCCUUCGAGGACGACAACCGCAUGAGGCUCUACCGGCAGAUCCUCAAGGGGAAGUACAGCUUCUCUGGAGAGCCGUGGCCCAGCGUGUCAAACCUGGCCAAAGACUUUGUGGAGCGGAUCCUGACGGUGGACCCCAGCGAGCGGCUCACAUCUGGCCAGGCCCUCAAGCACCCCUGGAUUGUCAGCAUGGCCGCCGCCUCCUCCAUGAAGAACCUACAGCGCUGUAUCUCUCAGAACCUCCUUAAGCGGGCGUCCUCGCGCUGCCACAGCACCAAGUCGGCCCAGUCCACUCGCUCCAGCCGUUCCACCAAAUCCAACAAAGCCCGACGGGUGCGAGAGAAGGAGCUGCGUGAGCUGAACCGUCGCUAUCAGCAGCAGUACAACGGCUGAACCAGCCUGGACCUUGACAGCCUGCGACUGUAGCAAACCUUAUACUUUUGAAGAACACAGCACUACAAUGACAAUUUUUUUUAUUUUUUUUACAAUGACUACCACCAUUCGAAGUUGCUGCCAAUACUUCAAGUCCCAAAUCAUUGCCUUAAAAAAAAAAAAUAGGACAAUGGCCUGACUAAUUCCAUGGCUACCA